CCAGAGUGGAGGAAACUCCUAGACAUGGUUGGCGUGACAAACGACCAGCUGGAAGACAAGAAAACGGCAGAGUUUAUUUACGAUUUUGUCGAGAAACAUGGAGGAAUCGAAAAGGCCAAUCAGGAGCUGGAGAGACAAAACACCGGCCCCGCCCCGCCACGCCCGUCCCACCGAGGGAAGGGGCAUGGUGGGCGGGGUGGGCGUGGUGUUCCUCCGCCUCCUCCAACAAGGGACAGUCCAGCUGCACCUGCCCCUCCCCCUCCGACUCGUCAUACUCCAGGGCCUCCGCCCAGUGGAAACGUUCCCCCUCCUCCCCCACCACCACCCCUAGGAGGCCCCGCCCCUCCACCUCCCCCUCCAAUUAGUAGCAGCGGAAGUGGGGGGCCACCCCCUCCACCCCCGACGAGAUCAGGCGGAGCUCCCCCGCCCCCUCCUCCCUCCGACUCCCGCGGAGACCUACUGUCCAGUAUCAGGAAGGGAAUCCAGCUGAAACCGAGGGCCCAGGUGGACGAAGAAGAUGCUGCUCCUCCAGAUGAUGAUCUAGACGGAAUGGCUGGUGCACUAGCCAGAGCUCUCGCUGCUCGGGCCAAUGUCAUUCACCAGAGUGAUGGAGAGUCUGACAGUGGAGAAGAGAGUGACGAGGAAGAGUGGGACUAG